GUUCUGUGGUCGUUGGCGAGGGAUGCGUUGAUCUCAUCUUCGCCAUUGAUUGCUCUAAAAGCAUAUCUGAACAUAACUUCAACUUGAGUCUUGCAUUUGCUGCUCGAUCUGUCGCGAUGUUUGACAUCUCAGCGGGUCAGGCCAGAGUGGCUUUGCUGACUUACGAUCACAAGAGACAUCGACACUUUAACUUGGGAGAAAGAAAAGACGACAGAAGAGACGGUUGAGGCCAUUCAAAGUGCCAGAUACUGUGGUGGCGCUACUGCAACUGGUCCGGUUUUGAAACACAUUCGCACAAAAAUCUUACCUCAGAGUAAAUCCGAUUGCAAAAGGGCGAUUUUCCUACUGACUGAUGGGAAGAACAAUUGGGCAGGGGAUCCUAGUGAUGAGGCGGAGCAGCUCAAGAACAUUAAUGGUACUGAAAUAUACACGAUCGCUUACGGAGAUAGCGAUUUGAACUGGGAUGUCCUGAGCCGUCUUGCUUCAAAGAAAGAGUACUUCUUUGCUGUCAGAGAACCAGUGAUUUUGAACGAACUUAUCAAGAAAUCAUUUACUUUAAAAUUGAAUUACUCUGAGCAGUGUGGUACAACCAGCGCUCCUGACUGCAGAGCACGCGUCUUUGGCGGUUGCCAUUCGUCCAGAUGAGCUUGGCCGUUUCUUGUCUCGAUCUACACUCGUCAAAAUGGAACUUGGAUAAUCACGUGUGGUGGAACAAUAAUAAAUGACUGCUGGAUUAUGUCCGCCGCUCACUGUCUUCAAAACGUACAAGGCGUAAACAAUGAUGACAUUCGAGUGGUAACCGGAGACUCUCAAAGGUACGUAGAUGAAGCGAUUGAAACAACGUACAAAGUUUGCGGCAUCAAAGUACACACGGGCUACAAUGGCAGUACAUUCGCCAACGACAUUAUGCUACUGAAGCUUUGCUGUAAAGUUGAGUUUUCAAACUUUGUCAGAAAAGGUUGUCUACCUCAGGCAGCAGACGGGAUCUACUACAGACCGGGCGCUCAGUGUGUUGUAGCAGGAUGGGGAGGUACGGUCCAAAAGAGCGAAAAUGAAGUCCUCAGUCUGAAACCAUCUACUAGUCUUAAACAAGCCAAUCUUCCUGUCGCCGACAUCGCAGUUUGUAAAAAUUCAACCAGAUAUCCAGUUGCGGAAACCUCGUUUUGUGCCGGUGACGGUACUGGACAGGCGGGAGCUUGCAGGGGAGACAGCGGUGGACCCAUCUUUUGCAUGAGGAAGGAUUCAGAUACUUACGUUGUUACUGGGAUUGUCAGCUGGGGUAGUGGAUGCGGUCUGGCAGGACAAUACGGAUUCUACACUGACGUCCGGAAGUUGAGGCAAUGAAUUGAAGACAACGUCGAGGAUUGCUCUAGUGAUCCUUGCCCAGAUUCAGGCGUGAACGUUGUUUAAUAAUGGAGUGUAUCGAGACAUUGCAAAUGCAAUCGUGUUUAUUGCAUGUUCUUCAUAUACUACAUGUAUCAGUAUGUAUGUAUUAAGACAAGAUGGACUUGCACGUAACAGUAGUGAUCUUUCAGUGAAGUGGUUGU